UAAAGACAUCAUACAUACAUACGUGCAAUAGUGCAUUUAUAUGUAGAUUUAUCCUUCUUAACAAAAGUAGACAGCAUGAGCCUGAAACGAGCCUGCAUCUUCCUCCGAGGGGGGAAAAGGAGACAAAGAAAUCUCACUCACGAUGAGGUCGAAGAAUUACGUGUGGCAUUUGUGGAGUUUGACAAAGACAAAGAUGGCUUCAUAACCUGUAAACAUUUGGGCAACCUGAUGAGGACGAUGGGUUACAUGCCAACUGAAAUGGAGCUGAUAGAACUUAGCCAAAACAUCAACAUGAAUUUGGGAGGACGGGUGGACUUUGAGGACUUUGUGGAACUGAUGACCCCCAAGCUCCUGGCUGAAACUGCAGGCAUGAUUGGACUAAAAGAACUUAAAGACGCUUUCAGAGAGUUUGAUAUUGACGGUGAUGGUUCGAUCACAUCCGAUGAGCUGAGGCACGCCAUGCUGAAAUUACUGGGCGAACAAGCCAACAGAAAAGAAAUUGAAGCAGUGGUGAAAGAAGCUGACAGCAAUGGGGAUGGGACUGUGGACUUUGAGGGUGAGAAACAAAAAACUUGCAAACAACAUUCAUAACAUUAAAAAAAAAGAAAAAAAAUGAAGAAUCAGCAAAAAAAUGUCUCUAAUCAAAAUUAUGCCCAUUGUCUUUAUAGAGUUUGUGAAAAUGAUGUCACGGAAGUGAAGGCAACAAAAUAAUGUGAAGGCAUUUGUAUUAUCUACAUACUGAAUACGGCUUGCUUUACUUCUCCUCCUUAUUCAAUUUUAUGGAAAACAAUUUCUCUUUGAUUUAAAAAAAAGAAGAAGAAAUGUACAGUAUAUACUACCUGUAAAUGCGCUAAUACUGCUGUACAGACUAUAAAAGGGGAGUUUGCAGUUUUUCAAAUAUAAAACACUUGUUGUCAUAUUUAUUCAAGCAAACACUCUGACAUGACAGUAGUACAUGAUAAAUAUAAUCUAUGAACAAAUCAACCAUCUCUGGCCCCAUCCUUUGCCUCUAAUUUGAUAUACAAGGAGGAGGAAAAACAACCAAUCAGAAGACAACAAAAGGCGUGAUUUAUGAGGUGCCAAUCAUUUGUCUCGCACUCGCAGGCACACUCAUCAUGGGCACCCCCGGCGGCCUCGCACUGACCUGUUACCUUGUUACCCCAGAAAAGCACCUUAUUCAUAAUGGAGUAUGAUUGCACUAAAUGUUAAGUUUCAUUUUUUUGCAAAGCCGUGGGUUUGUGCCCGCAAUGAGUGUGCACGCAAAUGCACAUCAAAUGAUUGACACGUCAUAAAUUAUGCCUUCUAUCUGCGUCUUCUGAUUGGUUGUUUUUCCCCAGGCGUGGUGGUUCCUUGUCAUAUCAAAUUAGCGGCACAAGAUUGGGUCAGAGAUUGCACAUUUUUUUUCACACGUAUUUACUGUAUGUCUAUUGCUGUUGUAUUGUAUUGUAUUGUAUUGCAUUGCAUUGUAUUGUGUUGUGUUUGUCCACAUGCGGUUUAUUUCAGGUGUACAUUAUCAAAUAUGAGUCACUAGAAAAUACAUGUAAAUAGACGAUCCAAAAUAAAUUAGAUACUAAAUCAAAAUUGGGCAAUGCAGUGUAAUCCCAGCAUUUAUAACAUUACAUACCCGAAAGAUCCAUAAAUGCAAUAUCAGAUUUUCUAUUGAGGAAAAUAAAGGUUAUCAAAUAUUUUGUGGGUUAUCAAUUUUUGGGGUUUUACUUUGAGAAAAUGGGGGAUAAAGUAAUAAUACUCUCAAUAUACACCUUUGCUCUCAGACAUCCCAAAAGAUCAAGAAGAUGAAUCCAUAUUUUUCCCUCAUAUUAUGUAGCAACAUGUUUUGCUGUAUGGUCCAGAUAUUGACAGCUUGACAGUCACAACCUAAUACUGUACUGUAUAUUUAUAACUCAUUGUCCAUUGACCUCUUUUGAUGCAAAUAAA